AUGAAGUUCUCCCAUUCUCUCCAGUUCAAUUCGGUCCCUGACUGGGCCGAUAAAUAUAUCGCCUACUCCAACCUCAAGAAGGCUAUCUACAUUAUGGAAAAGGAGCUUCCUUCUGUUCCCAACGCGCCUUAUUCGGAUCUAGAGAACGAAUCUUCCCGUUUGCUGUCCAAUGCAGAGACUAGCGAAACCGAUCCUACCUUUCUUUCGCUGCUCGAUAAAGAGCUGGACAAGAUCGUGCAGUUUUAUCUGCAGAAGGACGCCGAGCUGAGGCGUGAUUUGCAGCAGCUCAAGGAUGAUGUCGAUAGCACCGAGAAUCAAGACUUUGACGAUGAUUCCGAUUAUGGGGUGAGCGAUGAAGAUGAGGAUGAUGAGCAUCUCAUGGAUACCGUGCGGACUGGUAAGGCUAGUUCAAAUCGUAGACCUAGUAUUGAGGACCUUUUCAAUCAGCCUCGGAAGUAUAACGAGGCGGCACGCGAGCAACAGCGUAUGCGGGAGGGUGACGGUCCCUCACCAACUCGUAAAGAUAGCCGUGCUACUACCCAUGACGGUACGAACCCAACUCGUCCAGCGAACAACCGCAACCGAUCUAGUCAGCUGCUUGACUCGUCCGUCGCUGAUCCCUCGGAAGCUGGCGACACUUCAGGGUCGGCCAGGCGAACUCGUUCAAGCUCGAACGCUAGUCAAUCGGGUAAAGCUCGUUGGGCUAGUAUUUUGCGUAAGAAACCUACCCGUCGUAGGUCCCUUGGUCUCAUGCUCGCCACCACCAACAACAACGACAACAACAACGCGAACCAAGAUCCGACUAGUAGUCAAGAUCGUCUUGCCCCUGCAUCCUCUGACCCGGGAGACUCUAGCUUUGGCGAUGACGGUAAAACCAUGUCCAUCUGGACCGCCGAAAACGACUAUGCGAUCGAUAUGCGCAUUACCUUCAAAAAGCGCAUCACAGACAUCUUUGUCGCCAUGUCCGAACUCAAACAGUUUGUCUCGCUCAACGAGACCGGUAUGCGUAAAAUCCUCAAGAAGUAUGAUAAGAUCACCAAAUCCAACCUCAAAGAUCGAUACCUCAACGAGAGCCUUGGCACUCAAGAGCCAUUUACUGCCGAGACGAAGAAAAACUUGGAUGAGUGUAUCGAUAGGCUGAUUCAGCUGUAUGCGAAGGUGGUCACCGCGGGAGAUGUUGGUGCAGCAAGGAUGCAGUUAAAGACGCAUUUGAGGGAGCAGGUUGUUUGGCAGAGGAAUACCGUUUGGAGGGAGAUGAUUGGGAUUGAGAGAAGGGCGCAGGGUGCGGCGUUGGAGAGAACGGUGAUGGGUGGGGGGAAGAGAGAUGAGUAUGAAGCCAAGAAACCGGUUAGGUUUAGAACGCCUUGUGGAAGUGUUGGUCUACCGGCUUGGUUGAGUAUGAGUACGGUUCAUUUGAUUAUUGCCUUUACGGCAUUGGUGGCCUUGUUGAAGGCGCCCAGGUUGAGCUUCUUUAAUAGAGUGGAGGAGCAGAAUUGUUUGGCCAUGUUGGUGUUUUGUACCAUUCUUUGGGCGACCGAAGUGAUUCCGUUGUUCGUCACCUCGCUUAUGGUUCCUCUCCUCGUCGUAACUCUUAGGGUUGCAAGAACGGAUGAUCUCAAGGACAGGAGGAUGACGGCUCCUGAAACCACCAAAUGGAUCUUCUCCCAGAUGUUCGCUCCUAACAUGUGCCUUCUCCUCGGAGGCUUCACUCUCGCCGCGGCACUAUCCAAGUACGGAAUCGACAAGAUCCUCGCAACCAAAAUCCUUCGUCUCGCUGGCACCCGUCCCUCGAUCGUCCUCCUAGCUCACAUGGGGGUUGCAUGUUUCGCCUCAAUGUGGAUCAGCAACGUCGCUGCACCCGUCCUGAUGUAUUCUCUCAUCCAACCUAUCCUCCGCACUCUACCCUCCAAAUCCCCUUACGCAUCAAGUCUCAUCAUGGGCAUUGCACUCGCCUCGAACAUCGGUGGACAAACAUCGCCCAUUGCUUCCCCUCAAAACCUUAUCGCUCUUCAGUAUAUGAAACAGCCCGUCGGCUGGUUGCAGUGGUUUGCAGUGACAAUCCCCGUUUCUGGACUGUCGCUGGUGGUGAUCUGGUUGAUUUUACUAUGGUCGUACGGCGCUGGUAAGGGAACGACGAUUAAAAAGUUGGGCGAGAGUCGGGAUAGCUUUACAAAGAUUCAAUGGUUCAUCUCUGCAGUGGCGAUAAGUACAAUUUGCCUAUGGUGUUUAGAGAAGAACUUUGAGAAUCUGGUGGGGGAUAUGGGCAUUAUUGCUAUCAUUCCGAUGGUGUUGUUCUUUGGGACGGGCAUCUUGACCAAGGAGGAUUUCAACACUUUUUUGUGGACCGUCGUGUUUUUGGCUAUGGGAGGUAUUGCACUUGGAAAAGCCGUAACCUCAUCCGGUCUUCUAGAGUCUCUGGAUGAUCUUAUUCAGGAGAUGGUAAAAGAACUUGCACUAUGGCAAAUCUUGAUUGCUUUGCUAAGCAUCGGAUUGGUGGUUGCAACCUUCAUCUCGCACACCAUUGCAGCGGUGUUGUUGGUUCCCAUUGCAGCACAAGUAGGAGAGAGUCUGCAAACUCCGCAUCCGAGACUGCUUAUCAUGGCUACAACUCUGGUUGCCAGUGCUGCUAUGGGGUUGCCUGUUUCCGGAUACCCGAAUCAAAUUGCCGUUUCGAUGGAGGAUGAUUUGGGAGAUAGGUAUGUUACCGUGAAGGACUUUUUAAGGGUAGGAUUGCCAGCAAGUGUCGUUGCGACCCUAAUUGUGGGCAGUGUGGGAGUGGUGAUCAUGUACACUUUGCAGUUCUAA